AUGGAAACAGGUGGUUACGUUGGUGUUAAUUCUUUCGGAUUUGGUGGUGCAAAUUGUCACGUACUGUUGAAAUCGAAUCCUAAAAAUAAAAUCAACAACGGAGAAUCAAACGGUUUGCCGAGACUUGUAUUUGUAUCUGGUCGUACUGAGCAGGCUGUAGAAACUCUUUUAAAUGAUGUGAAAAGUAGACAGCUGGAUGUAGAAUAU